UCGCGAGGGCGGGGCUACUGGGGCGGUGAAUUGAAGCGGGAGAGACGUUUUACGUGAGAGGGGGCCGCCGGUUGUUGCUAUCGCUAUUUUUACUUGUUAAGCGUAAAUGGUUUUACACGUGAGGGGGACGUUUACGUGAGGGGGGUGCCGGUGUUUGCUACCGGUAUUUUUUUUGUUGUUAAGCGUAAAUGGUUUUCUUUUUUUAAAUAAAUACUUUCCAGCCGUCGGGAUCCCUCGCCGUAAUUGUUACUCUGUUCGGUGUUUUUUUCUUUAGCGUCGAUAGUCGAGACGGGAGUGCGUAAAUUGACACCAGGCCGCACCCACCGGUAAUCGCGGUUUGCACGUGAAGUUAACACCCUCUUUGUAACGAUUGUGGACGUCCACGUAAACCGUCGAUUGCUCGUGAUUUGUUGUUGAUAUGAUUUGCCGUUUGGCAGUGAAUCCACGGAUCGUGAGCGGUGAGCGAUGAGCGCUGAGGCGGUGUUUCUGAGGCAGCAGGACCCAGAAUUAUACGAAUAACUAAAUGUGAUGCGGUGGUCUCGUGUCCAGUGCAACGGCUCAACGCAGUUCUCAAUCAGUACCAGGUCAAGUACUUGGUCCCACCUGCCUCCACACCGGCAGGAGUCUUUGGUGAGGGGGACCCACCAGCCCCAUGGCUGACGGACAAAAGCCUGCUCGCACCCCUCAUAGCCGAAUACGACCGGCACUUGGAGGAAAUGGAAGGGCAGCUCCGCAACUACCAGAACCUGAUGGACGAGAUGAAGCUCAAGAUGAAGAGAGUGGUGGUGGAAAACGAGAGGCUGCAUGCGGAGCUGAGGAAGAGUGUUGAAACACAGCUGGAUGGUGCGGCCACAAGUCUGGGUGUGUUCACCUCUGACCUUACAGAAGAGGGCAUGGCCAAAAACCUGCAGGAGCAGGUCCAGUUAGCCAAUCAGGAGAAGGAGCAGGCGCUACAGAUGUGGCGCAUGACCUCGGAGGAGCUGGAGCAGCUGAGUGAGCUCUACCAGGAGCACGUGGGCGACGUUCAGCUGCACCUACAGGAGCGGCAACACCACAAGGAGCAUCUGGUGGAGGUGCAGCAGUUUUCCCAGCAGCUGCAAGUCGCUAAACAGAGGCUAGAAACGAGCAACCAGCAGCUGGCGAAAACACUCGGUGACCAAAACGUGGAGCUGAAUCAGCUGCGCAUUCAGCUCCGGCAGGCCAAGAUGGAGCUGCGCACGUCCGAUGCCAAGUCUGAGGAGCUGGGCAGAGCAAUGCAGAAUCUUCGCGAGGAGCUGCUGAAGAAAGAGGAGGAGGACACGGCCAUGCGGGGGCAAGAACAGGCGACCGAGCGGCGCUCGCAGCAGAUGCGCAAGACAGUGACGCAGCUGGAUGCCAGGCUACGGUUGGCGGCACAGGAUGGUGACUCGCUGCGCAGGGAGCGUGACGCCCUGCAGGCACAGCUGGGGGAGGCCGCACUCCGAGCAGCCCAGCUGGAGGAGGAACGCUUCCAGGCAAUGCGAAGGGCAAGUGAGGGUCUGCAGCUCCUCGAUGAGGCUACGCUGCUCAAGGACCAGGCACUCCUGGGUGAGCGGCAGAAGGAGGAGGAGCUGGAGAGACUGAAGGAGGCCAUGGCACAGCUGGUACAGGAGGCGGCUGCCAGGACCCGCAAAGAGGUGGAGAACGUGAAGAAGCAGUGCAACAUACAGAUUUCACAUUUGGUCGCGGAGCUGUCCAACCUGCAGAUGGAGUGCAGUGACAAGCAGAACCUGAUGGAUCGGGCCAUCAGGGAGAAGAGGGCGGCCGAAGAUGAGCUCGAGAAGCUCUACCGUGAGGGCCACGGGACCGAGGGGGAGCAGCGCAAGGCGGACGCGCUUCUUCAGCGCUGUCUGGUGGCAGAGAGAGCCCGUGACGAGAUGGUGCUCAGCCUGCAGGCCACGCAGGCGAGGCUUCGAGCUGCCGAAAUGCAGCUGGAGGAGGAGCGGUCGCGUGCGAGGGCGGACGUGCAGACUCUGCGUUCACAGCUGGAGGCAGCGCGGGCCGAGUGCCAAGACGCCGGCGAGCAGCUGCUGGCAGCACAGCGGCAGGGCGACGAGCUGCGGCGGCAUGCGGAGGAGAUGCGUCGCGAGGGCCAGGAGGCAACGCGAGCAGCACGCAAAGAGGUGUGGCGCAUGCAACACGACAGCAAGGCACAGGAGGCGGCGCUGGAGGCACGGCUGAAGGAGCUGCAGCUUGCGGGGCAUGCGUCUGUCGAGGAGCUGCACCGUAUGUUGGGGGCGCAGCAAAGUCUCACCACGCGCUUCCGUGAGGAGGCGCGCAAUGCCACCGCCGCUGCACAGAGGAAAGUCGCCAAGCUUGGAGCGGAGCUUAGCCGGCACAAGCAACACGCACAGGAGCUUACCGCUCUGCUGGAAGCUGCCCGCAUGGAUUUGGUUGAGAGCCAGCAGCUGCAGGCUGAGAGCCAGGAGAAGGUGGAGCGGUUACAGAAAAGGUUGGCACAGGCAGAGAACCGCGCCACCGCUGCCACUCAGCAGCUGAAUCGCUACUCGACCCAGGGGAUUCCGAUCCGUGAUCGUUGAGCCUAAGACGGCGACAGCCACUGCAUUAAGUUUACAUCGUCACAGUGAACAUGCCCACAUUUCACCGGCAUCAAAUUGGCAUGGCAUAUCAGGGCAUAUUUCAAAUCAAGUACAGACAUCUAAUUUUAACUAGAAAAAGGCAAAGUUUUGCCAAUGUAUAAUGAUAACUAUAAAACCGUUACCUCAGGGAAUCUUGGAUUCUUUUUAUUUCGAAAGUCCUGCUUGGAUUGACAAAUUACUUAUUAUAAAACUUUGUAAUUACAUAAAGGAUUUGUAUAGGUCAUAGCAAAACAGUGGUAACUUAUCUUGGUAUCAAUUAUAGACCAUGCAGAGAAGUCUGAGAACGGCCCCGCAAAUCCGCCUCCUGUACCUGUCAGAGUGAAUGGGGCUCUCUCGUGCCUCUCUUUUCAUGGCAAUGUGAACACUGUAUACAAUAUAUAUCUGUAACCACCAGGAAUCCAUUAUCUUCCGAUACAUUACAAUGGGGGGCUUCCCCUGUGACCUUCCUCUUGCCUAAUAUAUGGUGCAGAUGGAAUCCCCUCUUUUGUCAGGGCUAGGCUCAUUACUUGGGGUGGUGGCUGAGAGCCCCGUAGGUGUUGCCAUGGCCUUCAACAAUUCUUUAUCUUUGCACAUCCUGGCAGCACCCACAGUAGUAGCCGAUAAGUGUAUGUGUACAGUUCUCAAUCCACUGCUGGAUGAGGGCCUUCCCAGGCUGUUCUGGUUGUGGAUGUUAUACAACCAUACUUCACCACACUUGUCAGUGUAGAUUGAAAUUAGGGAGCAUAGGAGUAGUGCAAGUGGAUUAUGCUGCACUUCAUUCUAAUUCCCACCACAGCCCUGCAGCCUAUAGCAAUUUGUGCAUGGCCGUCACACACCAGAGUACUACCGAGGCUGAACCCUGCUUAGAUAUAGAACAUUGGGUACAUUGUGGGAGACUUGGACAUGGGUAACUGAUAGGUAUAGGAAGGGAAUUGGAGCUGGCUUUGUAAGACUUCUCUGCAUGGCUUAACAUCCAUAGUAGAUUCCCAUUACUACUGUGGGUGCUGACAUGUCCUAAAACGUUUGUAUCUUAUUUCAGACAAAAUGAUCUUGGCCCAUAAUUCAUUGGUUUAUGUCUAUGCAACAGUUCUGCAAAGCAUAAAGACUUAUAUUCCACUAUUUAAGUAACACACAAAUAUCAUUUCUGUUGUUUACCUGUGGAUUUAUGGAAAUAAUUCUAAUUAAUGCAGAUAACACCCAGUCAGACUAAAUGAAUGGUAUUUGUAAUAUGUAGUAUUGGGACCCCUGUGAGUUAGAAGGCACAAGUCUGGUAUUUUUGAUACAACUGUGAAUGUUACAUAACUUUGCUGAUGUUUUUAAGCAACACUAUUUAUAUGUAUUUUUUCAUAUUUUAUUAUUUUGUAUGAUCUGUCAAUAUGUUAGAGUUAUACAAUUUUUUAUAAGUGAUUGUGCUUGCUGUAAUUUUGACUAAAAAAGGAUGGCCAACUUUUCAUUGUAAAAUGUGCAUGAAAUUGCAGUAAUGAUUUCUGAAAAUUAUUUCAAAACAAAUUUGCUCAUAAGAAUUAACCACUUCUGGGAACUAACAUUCAUAUUUGAUAUUGAUACAGCAUUUAUGUUCUGUACAAGUGGGCACGUGUGCAGUAUUGUGGGUGGGUGCCUCUAAAUAUUUACAGUGCUCCAUACUGUAAAGAGCUUAUAUUGACGAAGGUGAUAUUCUAGAUUUUUUUUGUUACUUACUGCUUGUUCAUAUUUCCACAGUUUAAAGGUUCCUCUCUUUUAAAUAAUUUGACAGCGUCAACUUAGAAGUGACUUAGAAAAUUCAUUUUUACUUUCAAUGGACAUCCUUUUUAAAGUGAUAUUGAUUGACAGGCAUUAAUGCACCAGCACUCGCUUAUCUGUAGAAGCCAGUAUAGUAGAAAAAACGUAAACAGUCUUUAAGGAGGGGGGGGGGGGCACGCUAAUUUAUUUGGCAUCUUGAGGUACAACCACACAUUGCAAACAAAAAUGUAAAACACUGACAUUUAUAUGCAACAUUUGUAAGCUUAACUGGUUUACACUGUAUGCAUAUUAAACAAAAAGGUUAGUUUAUGCGCAUUAAAACAUUCCAAUUAUGAAUGUAUCAUGGAUUUAAUUUAAAGUUGCUUAUUUUGCACCUCAUCAGCAAUAAGCAUCUCGCACGAAUUAGUGCAACCUUAGGGCCAACAUGAAUGCAUGCAGUCUCCAGUAUGGUGGCUGGAGUCAUUUUGGAUGUAUCAUUCAAAUCAAAAGGUGCUGUUGGAGAAAAACAAUAACUCAAGUGAACGCUGGCCGAGUUUCAAUGGUUACAGGAAGUUUUAAGAGACCAGCAACCUCUGCUGUAUCUUUUUCUGCUUUUACUACCCAUGCCGAGAGGAAUUUCUCAUACAAGUUGGACGUUGCAUUAUUUUGGUUCAUUCUGCACCAUAUGUCCCAUAUAUUCACAUACCACGUGUUCAUUAUUUAUUAUCAAAUGUAAAUGGGAGAUUUUUGUUCAGCAUUUACCAAAAUGAUAAAAUAUUAGUCUUGAAAAUGGCUGUUACAGAACAAUAUUUACAACAGUGGAAUUCUGAAGCAUAAAAUUUACUGUUCAAAAUUCCACUUAAAAUUAGGCCUUUUUACUGUCAACUACAAAACAAAGCAGUGAACUUUAACAUAAAAAAUCAGGUUACACUCUUUAAAAAAAAUCACAUUGGAAAAAAGGCUGUAUCAAAGCAACGUUAAAUGCACAAUAAAUAACAUUUACAAUUUCCAGAAUACAUACGUUUUGUACACAAUCUAAAUAAUUCAAAUUGUGUGCCACCCUGCCUUGCAACACCACGUGGUGCUCAUGGCAUGGUGGUGUUAGUUUUUAAUUCUUAGAUUUGCCCAUUACUUGAUCUGCACCAGAAUGGGUCACUAUUGGGUGGGUUGAUAGAAUUUACUUUACAAUGUUUAUACAAAUAAUAUACCUUGAGUAAAUUAAUGUUUGGUAACUACUGUACAUAUUUACUCAUGCUUAUGUCAAGAAACGCUUUAAAACCGUGAAAAAAAGAGCAAUUGGCGAUUUAAUUUGUCUCUCCAACAGCCAUUGAGGCUGAAAACUUUAAGCACGCUAACGAGUGUUAUUGAACGCGGGCGAGUGGGGAGGUGAUAUGUCCAUUUUGCAAACUGAGUUUACGCAAUGUAAAUUGAUGUGUAUACUUGUAAAGUGCGCAAUUCCAAAUAAUAUUGGCUGCAGCGUUAUACACGCAAACGUUGGAUUGGUAAUUUAAAUGCACCAAUGGCUGGUACUGUAACUAAGUGAAGACCUUCAAAUUUGUUACAACAAAAAAAACGGUGGCACAAACAUCUCAGUGUUUGCUUUUGGCAAAUGCCAGUUGCACGUGCCUUUCAGUUGGCCAUUAUGUACAUGGGGGCAGAACACUGCUUUAUAGGCUUACCGACUUAUGUGCAAUCUCAGUCGAUUUAAUAACAAAACUACACCUGAAGAUCUC